CUACACACAUCCCAUGUGACUCUGGGAGAUGCCCCUGGGGUAAGGACAGGAGAAUAAGAGGGAAGGAUCCACAGGGCAGACACAGGACGGCACACGUGGAGCAGAGACCAUGGAGUCCCCUCCUCUGUUUCUCUGCAAAGGGCUCCUGCUCACAGCAUCACUUUUAAUCUGCUGGAGCUGGCCCACUGCAGCACUGCUGACCUCUAAGGAAAUGCGCUUUUCGGCUGCUGAAGGGGCAAAGGUGCUUUUCUCUGUUCCUGACCAGGAAGAGAACCUCCUCUCCUUUUCCUGGUACAAAGGGAAGGAUGUAAAUGAAAAUUUUACAAUUGCACUUUAUAAAAAAUCCAGCGAUUCACUUCAACUUGGAAAGACUGUCAGCGGCAGGGAAGAAAUCUAUAAGGAUGGCUCCAUGAUGCUCCAGGCUGUCACCCCGGAAGACACGGGAUUCUACACGUUACAAACCUUUAAAGCACAUGGUCAACAGGAAGUAACAUAUGUCCAUCUCCAAGUAUACAAGAUUGUGACAAAGCCCUACCUCCAGCUCAACCACACUAGACUGAAAAGGAAGAGUGCCUCAAUUUUCACCUGCGUGUCUCCUGACACCGGAGUGGACAUCAAUUGGUUCUUCAAUUACAAGCCCCUGAAUAUCACCAAGAGGACCACGCUGUCACCUGAAAAGCGAGAGAUCACCAUAUCUCCUGUCUGGAGGGCAGAUGCAGGGAUCUAUCAGUGCGAAGUCUCUAACUCCUUUAGUUCCAAGAAGUCUAAUCCACUGCUCAUGGCCUUGGCUUAUGGCUAAUGUCUCCUCUCUUCCUAUACCAGAGCUUUGCGGUUUUUAUGUCACUAAUGUGUACAGUUUAUGAAAGUUAUAAGGAGAAAAUGAAGACUGCAGACAAGAGCGACAGUCAGCAUGGUGACAUACACCUGCAAUCCCCCAAUAAAACACGGGCAGGUGGAAAGCAAGUACAAGGCCAGCCCAGUCACACAGUAUGACAGUGACUUUAAAAUACGACCUCAACAUAGGAACAGAAUUGCAAAGGACAGCCCAGGUUCCGAAUCCCUCAGGAUCCAGAGGGAACUGCUCGGAUGCUUUACGCUCACCAAAAGCUGCGGAUGCUCACAGUCCCCUGGUAAAAUGCUGCUGUGCUCGCCUAGAGCUAUUCACAUCUUCCCACAAGCGCAAAUCCUUCUUGGUGCCUAAGCCCUGGGCUACCUAGACGCUAUCUAUCUGCUUGAAGAUGGAAUAAUGGUAGGGUACCAGACUGGAUAUGUUUUGCUGUAGAUGUAUGUUUUUGGACAGUUUUCAUCUGUAUAUUUUUUGAAGCUCAGAUGUAAAAAUCCAUGGACAUAAAGGCCCCAUGUAU